AUGGGGAACAUUGUUAUUUCUGUGUUGCUUCUCUCCCUCUUGCUCUUUGUAUCUACUGCCACUUCAUCGACCAUGUCAGGUGGACGUAAAACUUACAUUGUUCACAUGGACAAAUCAGCAAUGCCAGCUCCUUUCUCCACCCCCCACGACUGGUACAUUUCUACACUUUCAUCUCUCUCAUCAGGAGAUGAUAUUGUCCCAAGUCCAACCCAUCUCUACACCUACAAUCAUGUGAUGGAUGGUUUCAGUGCCGUGUUGUCACAGAGCCAGCUUGACCAACUCCAAAGUUUGCCUGCUCACAUUGCCACAUAUCCAGAAUCUUUUGCCCAACUCCACACUACACACACUCCAAACUUUCUCGGCCUAAAGAAACAUGCUGGGUUAUGGCCAGCUUCAGGUUUUGGCAAUGACAUAAUUAUCGGUGUCCUUGAUUCUGGAAUUUGGCCAGAAAGUGAGAGCUUCAACGAUAAAGGCAUGCCUCCGGUUCCUGACCGAUGGCGUGGCACAUGUGAAGUUGGAGCUGAAUUUAACUCUUCUCAUUGCAACAAAAAAUUGAUUGGAGCACGUUCAUUUAGCAAAGGUAUGAAGCAGUAUGGGUUGAAUAUAACAGAACCAAGCGACUAUGAUUCUCCCAGAGAUUACUGGGGUCAUGGAACCCAUACAUCAUCAACAGUAGCCGGCAGUCGUGUUCAACAUGCUGAUUACUUUGGAUACGCUGAAGGAACCGCCACUGGAAUGGCACCAAUGGCAAGGAUUGCCAUGUACAAAGUGUUGUUCUUCAACACCAGUUAUGAUGCAGCGGCAACUGACGUUAUGGCUGGCUUGGAUCAAGCCUUGGCGGAUGGUGUUGACGUCCUGUCACUGUCCUUAGGAUUCUUUGAGACAACUCCGUUUGAUCAAAACCCAAUAGCCAUUGGAGCUUUUGCGGCCAUGAAGAAAGGCAUUUUCGUUGCGUGUUCAGCAGGAAAUGGAGGUCCUCAUUCAUACACAAUGCUUAAUGGAGCUCCAUGGAUUACCACUGUUGGCGCUGGAACUGUUGAUAGAGAUUUUGCAGCUCACAUCACUCUAGGUGAUCAAGAGCUAACUGUCACGGGAAGAUCUUUCUUCCCAGAGAAUUUGUUUGUCUCUGGGGUUCCCAUAUAUUUUGGAAAUGGGAAUCGGUCUAAGGAAAAUUGUGAAGAUAACUCAUUAGACCCUGAAGAUGUUGCAGGUAAAUACAUCUUUUGUGAUUCUGUGCAACCAGACGAAUUGUCCAGAACCGGAGCAGCUGGAGCUAUCUUCAUGAGUACAGACUCAGGCCAAUUUCUUCGUCCGGAUGACUUUAAUAUGCCUUUUGUGGCAGUGAAUUUGCGCGAUGGAAAGUUAGUAAAGAAGUAUAUAAUCAAUUCUAAAAAUGCAACAGUUAGUAUCAAUUUCCAGGUUACAAUAUUGGGCACAAAGCCAGCUCCACAGGUGGCAUAUUUUUCAUCUCGAGGGCCUGAUCGACAGUCACCAUGGAUACUAAAACCUGAUAUAUUGGCUCCCGGGGUCAAUAUAUUGGCGGCAUGGGUUCCCAAUCGGGCUUCGGCACCCAUAGGUGACGAUUAUUUACUCACUGAUUACGCUCUGGUGUCCGGCACAUCCAUGUCAUGCCCUCAUGCAGCUGGCCUAGGCGCGCUGCUUAAAGUCGCCCAACAUGACUGGAGUUCGGCUGCAAUUCGUUCAGCAAUGAUGACAACUGCCUACCUGAGGGACAAUGCUAAUGGCGUGAUCAUUGACAUGACCACAGGCGUCGCUGGCACCCCUCUCGAUUUUGGUUCAGGCCAUGUAAAACCCAACAAGGCCAUGGAUCCUGGACUUGUGUAUGACGUUGAGGUUGAGGACUAUAUCAGUUACUUGUGUGGACUGAACUAUACAAGCCAUCAGAUAAGAGUUCUCACAGGGACAUCAAAAUUCAGCUGUGAAAAUGCUAAUCUAGACCUUAAUUAUCCCUCCUUUAUGGUCAUAUUGAACAACACCAAUACUACAAGCAUGACCUUCAAGAGGGCGUUGACAAAUGUAGCUGAUUCUAGCUCAGUUUAUACCGCGGCGGUAAAGGCUCCAACUGGGAUGAAAGUUGUUGUGAAACCGGCGAUUGUAUCCUUUGCCGGAAAAUAUAGCAAAGCUGAGUUCAAUUUAACGGUGAACAUUGAUGUGGGAAGUGGUGUAAGUCCAGAAAGUGAUUAUAUUGGAAAUUUUGGGUUUUUGACAUGGUAUGAGGUUAAUGGGACGCAUACUGUGAGAAGUCCAAUCGUCUCUGCAUUUGCUCCUUGAUCUCAAACUACAUUAUUCGUGCUAAUAGCAUUGGUACCA